UAUAUUAUAUGUAUGUGUCAUUUUCAUCUGCAUUAUUUUUUUGUAUAAAGGUGUAACUUAAUUCAGGUUUAUUCGAACUAUAAGAACAAUAAUAGAACAAUCUUUCUUAAAUACAUACAUAUGUACAUAUACAUACAUCUACAUGCGUGAGUACAUAUGUAUGUAUUUAAUUAUAUUUUCUGUCGAAAGAAAAAUGUAUGAAAAUAGUUAAUUAAUAUGACGAAACUAAUAUUUACUACGCUGUGAAUGCAUAGCUAUAUACAUAUGAACAUUUAUACACAUGCAUAUGUAUAUUCAUGUAAACGAUUGCAUAUGUACAUACGUAUGUACAUAUAUAUACAAGUGUGUAUGUAAGUAGAUACAUACAAGCAUUCUAUAAUACAGGUACCAUGUGUUCAACUGAGUACUAAAAGAUAAAUUCGAACAAUACUAUAAUGAGUAAUAACCCAGUAGAAAAAGGAUUAUACAUAACAUGAGCUAUUUGAAUGGUUGGAGUGUCUAAAAUUUCGAAAAAAAUCAUUCUCAUAUUGACAAAAUAAAAACUAUGUCACAGCUCUCCUCAAAUAGAAUGUUUUCCACACGAUCCAAAUGUACACAAAGAUAGGAAUUUUCAACAAUAUAGGCUGGUCUACAUUUAAUAAAUAAUAUAUUUUACUGUUUUCCUUCUUCUUUAAACUUCUAUAAAUGUAAUUAUUUAUUUAUGCUUCGAAGUCCAUGCAGUAUUUUUUACUGUUUUCCUUCUUUUUACAUACAUUUGUAUAUAUGGUUUGCAUAUAUGUAUGUAUGUAUGUACAUAAGUAUGUACAGACAUGAAAGUAUAUGAAGCGAAUACAAAUGUUAAUUUUACCUUGACUUAUUAUGACGUUGUUUAUCAGUUCAACUGCAAAUAUACAACAUUCAUUAUUAAGCAAAAUAUUAUGCGUACAUACAUAAAUACAUCCAUACAUACAUAUGUAUGUAUGUACAUACAUUGUAUUAUUAUAGUAAAUAUGAAUUCAUGUCAACAUGCCCAUACAUACGUGUAUAUACUAUAUGUGCAUACAUAUAUUUAUUUGUUUUUAUAAAAUAUAAAUUUACUAACAGUUGAUAUAUGUAUAUGUACAUACAUAUGUCGGUAAAUACUUAAACAGACCUAGACUUUUAUGCACAUGUAUAUGUUCGUAGUAUAUGCAUACAUUCACAUACAUAUGCAACUACAUAUGUACAUAUACAUAUGUAUGUGUAAUCUAUAUCAAUAUCUACAGUGUGUGAAAUAAAAAUAUAUAAUGUGAAAUCUUGAAUCUAAGCACAUAUACAUACGUACAUGCAUAUAAUAUUUACUAAUAUGUAUCCACGCCAUAAAAAACACUGCCAAUCAUAAGCGUGCAUUUAACAGUUUAAAAUCCACAAAACUAUAAUUAAACGCUCCUUAAACAGUUGAUUUUAAAUUUGAAUAAAAAACUAUAAUUCGUUGAGCAUGUGAUAUUGAAGAUUAAAAUUUUGACAAAAUGGAUGGUUUUAACUUUCAAGCUUUUAUGAAAUCCGACAUGAUCUCUCCUAGUAAGUCUCAGGAAUUCGAGUAUAAUGAUGGGCAUUUGAAAUCUGAUGAAUUGAUUUUUGGUUCGCAGCGAGUCAAUUUGAAUUCCAGCACACCUUAUUCAGAUGCAACCCAGACGAAGAAACAUUAUCCUGGUCAUAUAAAAAGGCCAAUGAAUGCAUUUAUGGUAUGGAGUCAAAUGGAAAGACGAAAAAUAUGUGAAAAGACGCCUGAUCUACAUAACGCCGAAAUAUCUAAAGAGCUUGGUAGGCGUUGGCAAUUAUUGGAUAAAGAAGAAAAGCAGCCUUAUAUAAUUGAAGCCGAAAAUUUGCGCAAACUGCAUAUGAUAGAAUAUCCUGAUUAUAAAUAUAGACCUCAGAAAAAACAGUCACGAUUUUUUACUUCAAGACAUAGUAAUGACAAAUCAUAUCGCGGUGCAAAAUGUCAUGAAAUUGUAAAGAAAGCAUUAAUACCUCAGUCGUCUUUUUCUGAGCAAAAGGGUAAACAAGGUAUAAUUAGUGGCAGUACAGAUGGAAUUCAACGGUGUAAUCGAAGCUCGAAAAAAAAUACUUCCAAGGCCGUCUCUACUAACCAAAAAAAAAUAAUUAAAAUGAAAGAAACGUCUCCUAUAUUUAAAUCUGCAGAUAUAUGCAAAGGAGAAGAUCCCAUUAAUUACUUACCACAUAAUUCAAAUGAUAGAAACUCUUACAGUGAUACAAAUAUCUGUGAUAUUAACUCAGGGAUUGUUGAUAAUAUACCUAGUUUAGAUCCUAUUGAGCCGUCCGACUUUAAUCAUUUGAAAAGUGGCCCAGAAUUUCCACUUGAAGAUGUUUUAAAACUAAUAAACUCUGAAAACUUUUUGGACCAGCAAUUUGAGCUUCAUAACCCCAGAAUCGAGUUUUCACAUGAAAGCGCACUUAAUUCUGAACAAAUAAAUGUAAACGAUGUUUCUCCGAUCUCAUGUUUCCGCAAAGAGGACAACAUAGUAAAUGAUGCUAAUUUACAUCUUGCCAGUCAUCACUCUCACCAAAUGCAAUAUCCAUAUGAAACAGUGAAACUUCCCGUUUUUAAUUCCUUACUAUCUUCGCGAGAUGACAACAAGCAUCUGAGUAUUAUCAACUCUUCAACUGACGAUUCAAACUGUGGCAUUAUAAAUCAAUCCUUAUAUUGUACUGACGAAUGCGAAUCUGAUAAUCAUGACGCAACGAUGCAACAACAAACCGUAACAAUGAAUAUUGAGAUUCAUAACAGUAAUCGGUUAUGUAGAACAGACCGAAAUAAUGGACUUAUUGUUGGAGAUGACGUAUGUGCAAUAUCAAUUCCAUGUACCAGCGUCGAUAGCGAUUGCAGUAUUUUAACAUCGCCGCAUUCGCCACAAAUAAGAUUAAAUAACGCUAGUACAAAUGUAAUAGUGGAUACAAGUUUUGCCAAUAUUUCUCCACUAUCAAUUACUAACUGUAAUCAUGACAUUCAUUCUGAAAAUCUUAAUUCAUCGAACUAUACAUUUUAUGAUACCAAUGGAGCUCUUCUUGCUUUUACCUAUGAUGACCUCCCACCGGAAUCUUCAGGCAGCCAUUUGGAGUUUAGCAAUAGAUAUGAGUUUUCUAGUCUUUAAAAUAGGACAAAUUCAUUAUUAAUAUAGUGGUACAGACAUAUGUAUAUACUUACAUAAAUUGAAUUAAACAUUGUAUAAUAACCUUUAAAUGCAUAAAAAAGUAAUAUGAAACUCUUAACAACAAUUUAAUGCAUAUAUCAAAUUUAGGUUUAAGCACGUCACAUGAAAUUAUACAAAUUGUAUUCAUUUUUUUUUUAUUUUAAAUCGAUUUCCAUAAUGCUUCUUCAAUACACGUAAGUUCUUAUGUGUUGUCAGUUCAGGAACCUCCAAUAAUUAUUAAAAAUUAAAUUUUAAAAUAA